CGAACUAAAUCUUGCGUAAUGUAAAAGUACCUUCUACAUACAGCUAAAAAACCACUUUUUAGCUGCCUUUUUUUUAUUGCCAGCGGCAGCAAAAUUGCAAUAUCUAACCUUCCAUUCGCCCCUCCAAAGAUCACACAGAUCACCAAUGCCCCGCACUGUUCUCACGCGACUCUCCAGUCAGCUACAGCUUCCGAAUCUACUACAUCUUACAACCCCGCCAUCGUCAUAUUCUUUUAUAACGCGAGCUACUACUACAUCUUCUUCUACUUCUAUUCAUCUCAACCCCUCCUCUUAUUCUUCACGAACUAAAUUACAACAUUCUUUUACACCAACAAAAACAACCCGAAGAACCUAUCUAACCCCCGCCAUCAAAGCCCACCAAUCCCGCACCAUGGCGCCCCAACUCGACGGCUACUUCGCGCAGGUUGACAGCCUAUCCUCGCACUUCAUCGAGCGUCUCGGGAAAGCCGUUGCUAUCCCCUCGGUAUCGAGCGAUGCAUCGCGCCGCCCUGACGUCGUCCGCAUGGCGCAUUUCCUAUCCGAUGAGUUGAAAGCUUUGGGUGCGGAUGUUGAGCUCAGACCGCUGGGUAAACAGCCUGAUAAGCCGGAAUUGGAUCUUCCGCCUGUGAUUCUCGCGCGCUAUGGAAGUGAUAAGAAUAAGAGGACUAUUCUUGUGUAUGGACAUUAUGAUGUUCAACCGGCUGAGAAGAGCGAUGGCUGGGCUACUGAGCCGUUUACACUGAAUGUGGGCGAGGAUGGACGCAUGUUUGGUCGUGGGAGUACGGAUGAUAAGGGUCCGGUUCUGGGAUGGUUGAAUGCUAUUGAGGCACACCAGAAGGCCGGCGUUGAUUUCCCCGUGAAUUUGUUGAUGUGCUUUGAGGGUAUGGAGGAGUAUGGUUCGGAGGGUUUGGAUGAACUUAUUGAGAAGGAGGGGAAGGGUUACUUCGCGGAUGCGGAUGCUGUGUGCAUCAGCGAUAACUACUGGCUCGGUACUGAGAAGCCGUGUCUGACGUACGGUCUUCGUGGAUGCAAUUACUACAGCGUUGAGAUCUCGGGUCCUGGAGCGGACUUGCACAGUGGUGUCUUCGGUGGUACGGCACAGGAGCCUAUGACGGAUCUCGUGCGCGUGCUGGCUAGUUUGGUUGAUACUCAUGGUAAGAUCUUGAUCCCGGGUAUCCAGGACCAAGUAGCACCCGUCACAAAGGAAGAGGAGACGCUGUACGAUGACAUCGCGUUUACCAUGGAGACCCUACACGACUCCCUCGGCUCCAAGACUACCAUCUUCGAGGACAAGAAGUCGACCCUCAUGGCCCGCUGGCGAUACCCCUCUCUCUCCGUCCACGGUGUCGAAGGCGCCUUCUCCGCCCCCGGAGCCAAGACCGUCAUCCCCGCUAAGGUCAUCGGCAAGUUCUCCAUCCGUACAGUGCCUAACAUGGAGAUCGAUCAGACCAAUGAGCUUGUGUACAAGUACGUCAAGGAUGUCUUUGCCAAGCUGGGAAGCAAGAAUACCUUGAAGGUAUACGCCCAGCACACGGGUAAGUGGUGGGUCGCCAGUCCCAACCACUGGAACUUCCGCGCUGCGGGUAAGGCGGUUGAGAGGGUUUGGAACACUAACCCUGAUUUUACUCGGGAGGGUGGAAGUAUCCCCGUCACCCUCACAUUCGAACAAGCGACAGGCAAGAACGUGCUACUACUACCGAUGGGUAGCUCGACGGACGGUGCUCAUUCGAUUAACGAGAAGCUGGAUAAACGAAACUACAUCGAGGGUAUUAAGCUGCUGGGCGCGUACUUGCACUACGUCGCUGAGGAGCCCAAGCAGUAAAUGCUUAGUUGGCAUAUGCUCUUACACUGGAAGGCAUGGGACAAGUAUGUAAUGCCAUAUUAAAUAGCCGAAUGAUACCAUAAUGUGAAUGUGAAAUCGAA